AUGUCUGAAGUUGGAUUCAGUAAUCUGACAUGGGAUCAAGUUAUAAUACUGGAUCAAGUGUUAGGUGAAGUAAUUCCAAUUCAUGGAAGGGGGAAUUUCCCCACAUUGGAGGUAAAACCAAAACAUAUCAUAAAUGUUGUCAAAGAUCAACUGAUAGAGCAAGGAAUUAUUGUUAAAGAUACCCGGUUGAACGGUUCCAUUGCAAGUUACAUACUUGCAAGCCGCAAUGGAAUCAUCUAUAAGGAUCUGGAUGUUAUUUUUCGUGUUGAACUACCAAAUGAUAAAAAAUUUCAAAUUGUUAAGGAUGUAGUUCUAGGUUGUCUACUUGAUUUUUUACCAAAAGGUGUAAAAAAGGAAAAUAUUACCCUAAAGUUCAUGAAAGAGGCAUAUGUGCAGAAGAUGGUCAAAAUUUGCAAUAAGCACGAUCGAUGGAGUCUCAUCUCUCUUUCAAACAACACUGGGAAGAAUGUAGAGCUAAAAUUUGUGAAUUCACUUAAACGGCAGUUUGAAUUUAGUGUAGAUUCUUUUCAAAUCUGUUUGGAUAACAUGUUAGAAUUCUACAAGGUCAAAAAUGCUAAGUUAACCCAAAAGUCAUAUCCUGUUGUGGUAGUUGAAAGCCUAUAUGGAAACUUUCAAGAAGCAAUGACGCAUUUACAAUACAAGCUUAUAUCUACCAGAAAACCUGAAGAGAUUAGAGGUGGUGGCCUUCUGAAGUAUAGCAACUUGCUGGUUCGAAACUUUAAGCCAGUUAGUGAAGCAGAAAUCAAGACCCUUGAACGUUACAUGUGCUCUAGAUUUUUCAUUGAUUUUCCUGAUGUAGUAGAACAGCAAAAGAAGAUUGAAUCGUACCUACGCAACCAUUUCAUAGGUGAAGAAAAAAGCAAGUAUAACUAUCUUAUGACCUUGCGUGGAAUUGUGAAUGAAAGCACCGUUUGCCUCAUGCGUCAUGAAAGAAAACAGACAAUCGAUAUGAUUACCAAUAUGGCUUUAAAAGUACUAGGAGAACACAAUAUUCUACCCAAUACAAACAAUGUAACUUGCUUUUAUCAACCUGCUCCAUACUUUUUUCCUAGGAGAGGGUAUUCUUCUUUUUAUAUAGUACCUGGACCAUCAGCACCUAUUUUCUUUCAGCCAUUCCUACCAGGGCACCCUAAUGUGCCAAAUGGUAUGAUUUAA